AUGCGUGUUGUCUUGGAGUACGAGUUCCGCCGUGGAAGCACCGCAGCACAGGCAGUUCGGAAUAUCACCGUCGUCUUUGGAGAGGAUGCCCCUAACGAACGAACAGUACGUCGAUGGUUUGCAAAGUUUGAAUCCGGCGACUUCGAUCUUCAAAAUGAGUCGAGAGGACGGCCCGAGUGCAAGCUGAACAACGAUGAGCUUAAAGCCGUAGUGGAAGCUGAUCCCACUCAAAGUACUCGAGAAUUAGCGGCAAAGUUUGGAGUAUGUAAG